AUGGCAGAGACAUUCGACAUAACAACGACAUAUCUUAAGUUUCUAGAAGAAGACAAAGACAUGACAAUGCCAAUAGCGGCAAUUGAAUCAUUAGUAUCAAUGUUAAGAAUUCAAAAACCAUCAACAUCAUCAGAAUUAAUUAAUUUAGUAUCCAAGAAUAUUGAUACUUUGAAAAACUCAAUCCCUAAUAAUAUCUCCUUGUCAGCUGGUUGUGAUUUAUUCAUGAGAUUUGUAUUAAGAAAUACAAAUUUAUAUUCUGAUUGGGAAAGUUUUAGUAAAAACUUGGUUGAAAAUGGAGAAUUAUUUGUUCAAAGAGCAAAAGAAUCAAGAGAUAAACUGGCUGAAUUUGGUGUAUCAUUUAUAAAAGAUGAUGAUACUAUUUUGGUCCAUUCUUAUUCUCGUGUUGUUUAUAAUUUAUUAUUAAAAGCUAAAAAGGAACAACAUACAAGAUUUAAAGUAUUAGUCACCGAAUCUAGACCAACUGGCAGUGGAUAUUUUAUGGCCAAGAGAUUAAGAGAAGCUGAUAUUCCAGUAGAUGUGAUUGUGGAUAAUGCUGUCGGAUACGUGAUUCAUAAAGUUGAUAAAAUCUUAGUUGGAGCUGAAGGGGUGGCUGAAAGUGGUGGGAUAAUAAAUCAUAUUGGUUCUUAUCAAAUAGGUUGUUUGGCUAAAGUGAAUAAUAAACCAUUCUAUGUGGUUACUGAAUCACAUAAAUUCGUGAGAUUGUUCCCAUUAGCACCUGAUGAUUUACCUAACAAGAUGAAUCAUCUUAUUGCUAGAGCUAAUGACGAUUCUGAAGCUAGUACUACCGGUGAAGAAGAUAAUCAGUUCUUGGAUACCCAUUUCGUUGAUUUUACUCCUCAUACCUAUAUCACAGCAUUGAUUACUGAUUUAGGGGUAUUGACUCCUUCUGCAGUCAGUGAAGAAUUGAUCAAAAUCUGGUAUGAUUAA